AUGCGCAAUCUAGAUAUAUAUCUCAAAGGUCUAUUGGCUCUAGGACUCACAGUGAACGGUUUAAAGUCCCGGGCAAACCUUCGUGAUCUACACGCUUUCCCAAAGUACGCAGUGGAAUUUCUCAAUCAUGCUCCUUUAGCUUCCACCGAUGCGGAUUUGAUACGUUCUGGCGUUCCAUCCGAAUCAAUCUUUUUAGAACCCCGUGUGAGUUCUGGAAGACAUCUGAGCGAUGGUAGAGAUGUAAUUGAAGAGGAUCGACUAGAAGUGAUACCUAUGUCGCUCAAUACAACCAACGGAGUUUUGAUAGAAUACCUUUGUCUUUUACCUGGAUCAAAUACAACAAGAGCUCAAACGGAUUUGGUAGAAGCAAAUGCCAGGGUGGAAGAGGAAGAAGAGCUUGAUCCUAGUUUAGGUUGGGCAGCAUUGAGUCAUUUGGAAGGAAGAUGUUUAUAUUUGAAACAAGGGUGGUUCACUUAUUCAUACUGUCAUAAUUCUCACAUUCGUCAAUUUCGUGAAGCUCGACAUACUCAUCCUCAUCCUCCUGGAGGUUAUACACCAGAAGAAGAUCCAACAUACGAUGCUUACACAUUAGGACAAGCACCUUCUGUUAAAUCCAUUCGUAAACCUCAUCAUCGACAAAAUUCUUUAGAUCCAAAUUCAACUCCUAACAAUCAACCAAAUUCCCAAACCAAAUCAGAUUCUUCUGAAAAACAAUCAGAAAAAUCAAUCUCACGUCCUGUCGAACAACCAAAAAGUCGAUCUGAAAUUUCAUACGGUCUCAACACACGUUCACGUUAUUUAGUUCAAAGAUGGACUGAUGGAACACGUUGUGAUAAAACCGGUCGACCAAGAGAAACUGAAGUUCAAAUUCAUUGUGGUAUGACAUCUACCGAUGUGAUUUACAUGAUUAAAGAAUUAGCUAUUUGUCAAUAUGUUUUAGUUGUUCAUUCCCCUCAUUUAUGUGGUUUACCAGGAUUCAAAGCUGAAGAAGUUAAAGUUGAAUCAGCUCCAAUUAGAUGUAGAGAAGUAUUAUCUGAUGAUUUGUAUCAUGCUUGGGAAGAAGGGAAACAUGUUGAAAUGAUUGAUUUGGGAAUUGGAGAAGGUUUACCACAACCGGAAGGAGGAACGAUAUUGGGUUUACCAGAAAUGAUCGAAAAGGACAGUGAGGAGGAUGGGAAAGAAGAUAUAAAAAUUAUGGUGGGAGAUUUAUCAGACGAUUUGUUGAGUCGGAUAUUUGGUAAAGCUAUGGAAGCAUUGAGCUCAAAAGUGGGUGAGAAUGGGAAAAGUGAAGAAAGUAUGGGAGAGAACAAGGAAAAUUUAGCCAUCUUCGAUUUGGAAGAAAAUGAAGAAGGUGUGAUUUAUCUUGAUGCUGAUAUUCUUCUCGGAGGGGAACAAGGACAACAAAUGGGGGAUAAAGAUAAAGAAGAAUUUUUAAAAGUUGUCAGAAAGUUGUUGAAUGAACAAUUACACUCGGCAGAUGGAAAGGGGGAGGAGGAGGAAGGUAGACCACAUGAUGAGUUAUGA